AUGGGUGAAGAAAAUAAGGCAAUUCCCAAUAAUUCGAGCGAGAAAGUCCAUCAAGAGAUCUCCUCGGAAGAUCUUAGGGAGGUUGCUCCCUCUCCUGUUCCUCCGCCGCCGCCUCCUAGACCUGAAGAUAAACCCGUUAUGAAUCCCAUCUACAACUCUACUUCCCCAACAGCCACGAUUUUAUUUAUAAGACAAGCUGAACUCUGGAGGUCACCUGGAAUGAACAUGCACACAGAUGUGUUUUCAAGCACGCCGGUUCAAUUCAAAUCAAGAAUUGACACCUCAGACUCCACCAUCUGGCCUGGGAUAAUUGAGGACUCGAACAAUGACUAUAUCCGGAGUGGUAAGGUGAAGCACGUUGAGACCGCAAUAUUGGAGGGGAUUCCCAAGGCGCAUCGUGGGUUGGUAUACUUGAAGACAGCUCAAGUGAAGACCCAUAUCGAUAACACUAGUUACACGAGUCUUUUGAAGCGCGCCAGAACGUCGCUUCUGAACGAGGACAGAGCUCUUUUGGACAGUCAAGGUUUGAGUGAGGAGGUGAAAGAACUUCUCCUGGUGUUCACGUUUUGUACACGAGAAGUUAUGCCGGAAAGCUCGACGGAACUGAUUCCAAGUAGCUUCAUUCUCAAGAUCAGCCCCAUUUUGGCCUUGAUUCCUGAGUUGAGUAACCAAGAAAUCCUAGCUUUAUUGUUUAAGUUCAACUUAUUGAACAGUCGCCUUCACAAAGAUGAAUUUUACUACAAGUUGAGUCGUACUUUAGAGGAAUUGGUUCCAGAUUUGUUUGUUCACAUUUCAAAGCAAGGCAUAAAUCUUUCGGAUUUCUACAAGUUGCUUCUUCACAGUAUCUUUGAUGUGGUGAGCGAUCCAGAUUUGAUUGCCAAAUUCUUUGACUUUUUCCUCUUCGAAGGGUUUGAUUUCUACCAUCGUGUGUUUGGUGCACUCUUUAAAGAGCAGGAGCUGCGAAUCAGGGCUCUUUCCGGGGAUGAGAUGAACGAGCUUUUCUUUUCAAAUGACUUUCUAAAAGGUUUGAACGAGGAUACCAUUGCGCACGCAUUGGAAGUCGAGCCCCUGUUGAUCAAGUUUGAGAACGAGUUCCAUCUAAUGAGCGCCAACGCCAUGAGUGGAAACUACAAUGAGCUUUCGAACCUCAAGGAAGCCAAUGAGGAUCUUAUCUUCAAGAUGAAACAAAUGAAACAGAAGAUGGACAGUCUUAAGAAUACCCAAGAUGAGAUAUUGGAGCAGCACAAGGACUAUACGCAACAGCUUCGCGAAGCGAAACACAAGCGGGAGCAGCUUGAAGAGAAGAAGAGGCAGUUGCAAGAGAAGUAUGCGCAUUUGACGAUGAAGGAGAAUCUUCACAACACGAUCAAGGCCAACGAGGUAAUCUCCCGACAAAACCUCGAGAUGGUGGACCAGAUCACCGCUCUUGAGAGGCAGGUGGCUGCCAAGCGGAUCAAGCUAGGUGACACGGCAGAAGCUGCAGCAAAGUGA